ACUUCGCCAGGCAUCCGUUCCCCGGUUGCCUGGCAACCGCCGAACACCCUGGUGCCUCGCGCUGCUUCGGUUAGGGCAUCUCGGGGCGGCCUCCUCAUCCUCAUCCUCCCCCCCUUCCCAGCUGCCAUGGGCGCGAUGCUUCGCCCCGAGGUGCGAUUCGGCAGGCGCAAGGGGCAGAUGCGAGAGGCUACGCCAAAUGAUGACGAUGAUGUGAUGGAGGGAUUAUUUCUUCCAGUGGGAGUAGAUCUUCACCAGAUAACCAUUUUGCCCAAAGCAGAAUGGCAAAGAAUUCAAGACAGUCUCACUGCUCGUGCAAGAGAAACAGCACGGAUUCUUGCUGAAAAGAAAGCACGGAAAGAUUUGCACUUAAAAUCUCAGGCACUUGUGAAAAAUUGGACCCACACUAUUGCAGGUAUGUCACAACAAAAACUGAAAGCCAAAAAAAUGCGGCAACAGAGAGAGGAGGAAGAAAAAAGAAAGGUUGAUCUUGAAGAAGCAAAAUACCAAGCGCAGAAGCGAAAAGAGAAAAUAGAAGAAGCCAAAUUGCAACAGUAUUUUGAAAACGAUAGAGUGAAAAGUUUUCAUAGAGCCUUAUUAUAUUCUGAAGUUUUAAAGGAAAGAGACGCUCAGAUUGAAUUUAGAAAGCAAUACAAGAAUCUGUACAAAAGCAAGAAUGAGGCAAUAGAACGUGAACGUCUAAAAGCUGUACAGUUACAAGAAGAAAAAGAUAAAAUGCAGCACAUGAAGAGACUGCAAAUUGCUAAUGAUCAACUGGCACAGAUAAAGGAACAUGAACACUUAGCAAACAUAAGCAAGUUAGAAGAGAAAAAACAAAGGGAAGAACUUCAGGAGUUGACCAAGUUAUAUCAUUUGGAAAUGCAGGAAAAAGAGCAAGCACAACGUGAACAAAAGGUUAAACGAAGAAACGCCCAUCUGGCAUAUGUUGCUGACCAGGUAACUCUCAAAGCUAUAGAAAAGCAAAAACAAGAAGAAGAGGAUGAGAGAAUUCGAACACAUUUUAAAGCAAAGCAAGCAAUGGAUAAAUUGAAGAAAACAAAAGAAGAAGAGUUACACAGAUUAAUGGAAGAGCAAAGGGAGAGGAUUACUAACCGUCUUUUAGCACGAAUGAAAAAGAAGAUGGGUGAUGAAGAUGAGCGUAUUGCAAGAGAAAUUGCAGAGAAAGAAGAAGAGGAAGCUAAAGAGUUCCGAGCUAAAGAAGAAAAACUCCAAGCCGAUCUGAAAUCCAUUGCAGAACACAGAAUCAACGUGAUAAAAAUGAAAGAAGAAAAAGAAAAUGAGGAGAGAUUGGAAGGUCAAAAAACGCUUAUUGGACUGAUGGAAGCAGACCGGAUCUAUCAAGAACUGGAGAAGGAUAAGAUACAUAGAAAUUAUUGUGCAAACUUAAAAUUGCAAGAAGCUCAUGUCACCCAGAUAGCUGAAAAAAUAGCAAGAGGAGAAAAUGAGAAGCAGCAAGAUGCUGAGUAUGUUAGACAGCGAGAACUGAUUGCAUUAUGCAGGGAGCAGGAGUUCCAGAAAUAUGCAAAGAAAAUAAUUGAUGAACAAUCUAAGACUACUCAGAAUCUCUACCCACUUCUCAAAAGAAUGCAUGAAGGCAUUCGUACUUUCAAUGGCCCAGCUUAUAGUGAAGAUCAACAUUGCGGUGAGAAGCAGGCUAUUCAGCCACCCUACAUAGGCGAAACAGCUCAAGAAAUGAAGCUAUUAAAUGAACAAAAAUAUGAUGAUACUAAAGCACGAUUAGGAUUUACAUGGUAAAAGCAUUUGGAAGGAUCAAAUAGAAGCGUAACAUCUUUUUCAUAAUCCAAAUCGUGAAAAGAAGAGUAAAAAGAAGCAAGUUUAUAAUAAAAAUUGUACCUUGAUACAGCUGUCUUUGCAGAAAGCUCAGGAAACUUGAUAUGAAACUGUACAAUGUUUUCAAGUAGAAUGAAAAUUAUGCAAGGUUUAAAAAGAAGAAAUAUAAUUGUAGUGUAAGUCUAAUUCAUAAUUCUAACAACAUUUUAUUUGUAAUUUAUGAAAGAAAUUACUUGAUUAUUUUAAAACUUUUGGUUGGAAAUAAAAUGUAAUUAAUCCAUUGACUCUUCCCUUCCAUUGACUCUUCCCUUGUAUUACUGUGUGAUUUAUACCUGAUUUUCUACUAUAACAAAUACUCAGGAUGGAAUAAAAUUCAGUAAGUACAAAAAAUGCUAAUGUCAGUCAGUCAUUAAAAACUUGGCAAAAAGAUAUUUCUCUACAGAUUUUCUAAAUGACUAACUAACUCCCAAAGGAAUGCAUUCUACUGCCUGGGAGAUACAGUAUAUAGAAGAGUCUUCCAGUCUCUUUCGUGCCACAAAGUUGGCUUCAUCUCUCCUGCACCUAUUCAUCUCUCCUGCACCUUCCAGAAGAUUCUGGAAAAGAUAAUCAAGCAACGAAUCAUUGAACACCUAGAAGCAAACAAAGUAAUAACCAAAAGCCAACAUGGGUUUGUCAAAAACUGAUCAUGCCAGACUAAUCUCAUUGCAUUCUUUGACAAAAUGACAAAACUAGUGGACCAGAGGAAUGCUGUCGAUAUAAUUUACUUGGACUUCAGCAAAGCAUUUGAUAAAGUAGACCACAACCUACUACUAGAUAAAGUAGAAAAAUGUGGGUCAGACAGCACCACCAGCAGAUGGAUUCGCAACUGGCUGACCAACCGCACUCAACGUGUAGUCCUCAAUGGAACGACAUCCACAUGGAGGGAAGUAUGCAGUGGAGUACCCCAAGGCUCUGUUUUAGGCCCAGUACUCUUCAACAUCUUCAUCAAUGACUUGGACGAGGGGAUAGAUGGGGAACUCAUCAAAUUUGCAGAUGACACCAAGCUGGCAGGAAUAGCCAACACUCCAGAAGUUAGGCUCAAGAUAAAGAAGGAUCUUGACAGACUUGAACAUUGGGUGCUAACUAACAAAAUGAAAUUCAACAGUGAAAAAAGUAAGGUUCUACAUUUAAGCAAAAAAAAAAAAAGCACAGGUACCAUAUAUGUGGUACCUUGCUCAAUAGUAGUAACUGUGAGAGGGA